AUGAAAAAUAAAGAUGAUGAGAAGAACAAAGAUUCUAACAAAACAUUGAAUAAUGGUGUUGAGAAAUACAACGACCAAACGGAGAUUGAAAGAAAAUUUCAAUGUGACGUUUGCAAUAAGUGCUUCUCAUGUAAGAAAAACUUAUGGCGCCAUCACAAAAUUCACACUGGAGUGAAACCAUAUAAAUGUAAUGUCUGUGGUAAAUCGUUUACUAAAUCUUCUGAUUUAAAGAGACACAUGAGGUUACAUACCGGUGAAAAGCCGUACAGUUGUGGUGCGUGUGAAAAGUCUUUCAGUGAUCCUACCCCUUUUCGUCGCUACAAGAAGGCCCAUAAACAAAUACAACUACAACUACAAGAACUACAGAAACCCAGCGACAAUAAUGUUGUAAAAUUGUUGAAUUUAGAUAACGAAAAGCAUUUUUCCAGUUUAGAGGUAGAAAAUGUGAAGCUAUCUGGCGAGAGAGGACAGAUUAGUUACGAGUAUUUAUCUUCAAACAAACAGAAUUUCAAGAGUGAGAAGCCAUGUGACAGAAGCGAUGUGGUCAAAUAUGAUAAUCAGUCUGCAUUUUCAACCCUUAAUGACGUCAUCUGUCCAUCCUUUUCAAGUAAAGGUUACUUAACGCAACAUAAAAAAUUUCACUCCGGAGUGAAACUUUACAAAUGCGAUACAUGCGGUAAAUCUUUCGUCAUGCAUCAUGAUUUAAAAAAACACAUUAGGACCCAUACUGGAGAGAAACCAUAUAAAUGUGAUGUAUGUGGUAAAUCGUAUACUACAUCUUCUAGUUUAAAUGUUCACGUGAGGAUACAUACCGGUGAAAUGCCUUACAGUUGUGGUGCGUGUGGUAAGUCUUUCAGUAAUCGUAGCUCUUUUCCAAUUGAAAAAAAAUUUCAAUGGGAUGUUUGCAACAAGUCUUACUCAAAUAAGGGUAACCUAACGAAUCAUAACAAAAUUCACUCUGGAGUGACACCAUACAAAUGCGACACAUGCUGCAAAUCGUUCACUCGGUCUGGUCAUUUAAGGGGUCACAUUAGGACUCAUACCGGGGAGAGACCAUAUAAAUGCGAUAUCUGUGGUAAAUCGUUCACUCUGAGUUCUAAUUUAAAUGUUCACAUUAGGACUCAUACCGGGGAGAGACCAUAUAAAUGCGAUAUCUGUGGUAAAUUGUUCACUCAGAGUUCUCAUUUAAAUGUUCACACUAGGACUCAUUCUGUGGAGAGACCAUAUGAAUGCGAUAUCUGUGGUAAAUCGUUUACUCUGAGUUCUCAUUUAAAUGUUCACAUUAGGACUCAUACUGGGGAGAGACCAUAUGAAUGUGAUGUCUGUGGUAAAUCGUUUACUCGGAGUUCUCUUUUAAAAGUCCACGUGAGGAUACAUACCGGUGAAAAGCCCUACAGUUGUGGAGCGUGUGGCAAGUCUUUUAGUGAUCCUAAUUGUUUUCGACACCACAUGAAGACUCAUAAAUAA